UGCUCAGUGCGUCCCUCUCCACACCCCCCCCCUCUCCCCGAGCGUGGCGUCGUGGCGCUGAGGGACGGCGUCGCGGCGAGGCCCGGAUGUAUCGGUUUGGGGCAGUAUGAGGAGACCACAAGGGGACAGCAACAACCAGCGGUACCAGCUCAGGACAAAAAAGAUGCAGAACCACUGACUGUGUAGCAAAUGCCCAGGAAAGACUUGGGAGUUCAUUUUUACACUUGCCGAUACGUCUACUCAAGCUGCAAUCGCACCUUGGAUGCUGCGUAGACACCCUAACGUGCUUCUGUCUAAAGGUGCUGAAAGGAGGGGGUAGGGUGAAGACAACAUAGCUAUUUCUUUCGCUGAAUUGUGAAAUCCUGUUUAAUCUUCAAACUGGCGAUGUCAAGGGUUCCGAGUCCUCCUCCUCCGGCAGAAAUGUCGAGUGGACCUGUAGCAGAAAGCUGGUGCUACACUCAGAUUAAGGUGGUAAAGUUUUCAUACAUGUGGACCAUAAACAAUUUCAGCUUCUGCCGGGAGGAAAUGGGUGAGGUCAUCAAAAGUUCAACCUUUUCAUCAGGAGCCAAUGAUAAACUGAAAUGGUGUUUGCGUGUGAACCCUAAGGGCUUGGAUGAAGAAAGUAAAGAUUACCUGUCCCUUUACCUAUUAUUGGUUAGCUGUCCAAAGAGUGAAGUUCGUGCAAAGUUCAAAUUCUCCAUCCUCAAUGCUAAAGGAGAAGAAACAAAAGCAAUGGAGAGCCAGCGAGCAUAUCGAUUUGUACAGGGCAAGGACUGGGGAUUCAAGAAGUUCAUUAGAAGAGACUUUCUCUUGGAUGAGGCCAAUGGACUUCUUCCAGACGACAAACUCACUCUCUUCUGUGAGGUGAGUGUGGUACAGGACUCAGUCAAUAUCUCUGGCCAGAACACCAUGAACAUGGUGAAGGUACCUGAGUGCCGUUUGGCGGAUGAGUUAGGAGGACUCUGGGAGAAUUCUCGCUUCACAGACUGCUGUCUGUGUGUUGCAGGCCAGGAGUUCCAGGCUCACAAAGCCAUACUGGCAGCACGUUCCCCAGUUUUCAGUGCCAUGUUUGAACAUGAGAUGGAAGAAAGUAAAAAGAAUCGGGUUGAAAUCAAUGAUGUGGAACCUGAAGUUUUUAAGGAAAUGAUGUGCUUUAUUUACACGGGGAAGGCACCAAACCUCGACAAAAUGGCUGACGAUUUGCUGGCAGCUGCUGACAAGUAUGCUCUGGAACGCUUGAAGGUGAUGUGCGAGGAUGCACUGUGCAGUAACCUGUCUGUGGAAAACGCAGCUGAGAUUCUCAUCCUGGCUGACCUACACAGUGCUGAUCAGCUAAAAACUCAAGCUGUGGACUUCAUUAACUAUCAUGCUUCUGAUGUCAUGGAGACCUCAGGGUGGAAGUCCAUGGUGGUAUCGCAUCCUCAUUUGGUGGCUGAGGCCUAUCGCUCUUUGGCUUCUGCACAGUGUCCCUUCCUGGGACCACCACGUAAGCGACUGAAGCAAUCCUAAGGCCGUGCCUGUCACAUGACCCCAUGUUUUUCUGGAAGCAGCAGCAGCCAUUGCUGCUCUGACCUUGACCACCAAGUAGACAGCGCAAUCUGAGGAGCUUUUACUCUGUUGUGGGGGGAAAGACUGCUUCGUGACACCCAGACUUUUUAAAACAGCACCAAGUAACUUGGGGAGAGGGGGGAGGGUGGGCCUGGGGCUCAGGGGCUGUUCAACCUAACGAAUCCCUGUCGCUGCAUCGUCUGUGUGUUCCCUUUGACUUGGCUGAGUCAAUAACUACGGGGUUCUGUUUAAGCACCGGCCCACUCAGACUAUCCCAGUAGUGGUACUGGCGGGAAAUAAUGUCUCUGUGUCUGACAGCACAGAACAAAUCGUCAGACACCUGGAGCAAAGAGGACAUUUUAGUUUUGGAGAGAGUAGGAAAAGAAGAGAAUUUCCAAUGAGGUUCCGAAGAGGAAGUACAUGGUGGGAGCUCCAGUAGUAUUUAUAUAAAAGAAUUUAAGUCCUUCCAGCUGUGCUAAAAACAGGACAUUUGUGUAACUCCUUAAUGCCAUUCAGCAACAAGAAGAUCAGUUUCUCUGUUAGUAGCACUUGUAUGUUGAUUGCAAAAAAAAAAACUUUUUACUAAAUGACAAGUUGAAGUGAAAAGGGACAGCAAAAGGCUGUGUGCUGAGGAGGAUGUGAAUAAACUAAAGGCAGCCUUUGCAAAUCUACAUUGGCUUUCCAGGACCGGCAAAUCCUUGAUCUGAAGUGUGCUGUCUGACAAGGACAAUGGUUACCUGUUUUUAGAUAUUGUGGGAAAUGUUUUUGGCAUUUUUCCCUGCUUUAUUUUUUCCCCUUUUUU